GUUCUGACUUUGUUAUGGAUUCUGGUUUUGCACCGUCCUCUUUCCAAUGGGCAUCCAAUUGGAGUGGGAAUUCGUGCCGGUGGAGGAUGGAGAGAUGGUGCGCUGGGAGGAGUGUGGGAAUCGGCGGCUGGAGGUCCCCAGAAAAGUGGAAGAUGAAGAGAUCCAGCGUUACUGCACAUGGGGAUAUCACUGAACUGCUAAAAUAGUUUGCAGAUGUGUCGUUUCUCAUGGUGACCAUACCUGUGGAACAUCGGAUUAUGGUAUUUACAUAUGAUUUGUGUUCACAUUAAACUUUGACUUGACUUUUUUUUUUUUUUUAAAGGUGUUUUUAAUCGCAUACAUUUUUGAUAUGAUUUUAUUUAUUUAUUUAUUUAUUUAUUCAUUCACAUAUAAGCUUUCGAUUCAUGAAACAUACUACUUCUAUACAGAUAUAGAGACUCUACAAUAUUAAAAUUGUAUGCUACAACAUGCAAAAAUGCGGCUCGGGUUUUGAUUCGCCAACGUCGAUGUCGUUCAUCUAAACCGCUGUUUGAUUGGUGGGUUGAAUGCUGACGCAGGAAAGUGACGUGUAGUAUCAUCAGAGAAGGUCGCGGAAAUUUCAACGCUUGGGGUAUUGUUUUUUUUUUCGUUUCCCCCAGAAAGAUAUUGUUUGCCCAGCCUUUGGUCAUGACGACUCUGGACGACAAGCUCCUGGGGGAGAAGCUGCAGUAUUAUUACAGCAGCAGUGAGGAUGAGGAGAGCGACCAUGAGGAAGAUGAAGGCCAGUCCAAAACCAUCAGGGAGCAGGAAGUGCUGCAGACUGAAAUCGAUUAUAGUCCUGAUGGUACUGCUGUUAACACCGGCCCAAAAGGUGUGAUCAACGACUGGAGGAAGUACAAGCAGCUGGAGACGGAACAGCGAGCCGAGCAACAGAAGGAGAUGGAGCGGCUGAUCAAGAAGCUCAGCAUGACCUGCAGAUCGCAGCUGGAUGACGAGGCGGACAAGCAGAAGCAGCAGGAGCUUCAGGACAAGAUCAAUGGCAAGGUAACGCUGCGAGUCGACGAGGAGGAGGAGGACGACGACGAAGCCUUCCUCCAGCAGUACCGGCUGCAGCGCAUGGAGGAAAUGAGGCGGCAGCUGAGCGGCGGGCGACGUUUCGAGCGCGUCAUCUCCAUUUCCUCGGGCGAGGAGUUCCUGCACGCCAUCGAUGAGGAGGGCAGAGGCACUCUAGUGCUGGUGCACAUUUUCGAGCCCGACGUGCCCGCCUGCCAGGCCAUGGAGGGAAGCCUGAUUUGUCUCGCUCUGCAGUACCCAGAGGUGAAGUUCUGUGCGGCGCAGGGCUCCGUGCUGGGCACCAGCGCUCUGUUUCGCAGCUCAGCGCUGCCCGCACUGCUGCUGUACCGCGGUGGCGAUCUGGUGGGCAACCUGGUACGUGUCUCCGACCAGCUGGGCGACGACUUCUACGCCACCGACGUGGAGGCAUUGCUGCAGGAGUACGGCCUGCUCCCCGAGAUAAACCCACACACGACCACGCAUUCGUCCAUCCGCACCGGCAACACCAACGACUCCGACAGUGACCUGGAUAUAGACUAAAGGCAAACACGCAAUAUGUACACACUGCUACUCAGUAACUCAGUCGCUGGCUGAAAUGACCAAAACCAGUCAACUCUGAGUACUCACACUCUCUCUCUCUCUCACACACACACACACACACACACACACUCUUAACCCUCCAGCAACUUUCACAGUGGCCUGGAUGUGGACUAUGCACACCUAGUGUACACACACACACACACACACACACACACAGGCAACUCUAUAACAGCUCAUGAGCGUUUGAAGUGACCAAAACAAAUCUCAGAUAGAUGGACACACACACACACACAACUUUCUUUUGAUCCCUGCUAUUAUGUGACUUUAAUUAGUGGACCUGUUCUACAGAAUUUUAUAGACAACUUGAUUCACUGGACCAAAACAAACACAAGAAAACUUGUUGCAGGAUGUUCAGGUGUGUGUGGUGUGUGUGUGUGUGUGUGUGUGUGUGUGGUGUAGACAGAGAUAAGAAUAGAUGAGGGUCAUUUGUUAGUGUGUGUACAUUUUGCAUGUCCUCUGAGAAACACUAGAUUUUCUUUUGGGUACCGAGGUGAAGGUUAGUCAUGCAUUGUUUAGCUACAGUCAUACACAAGUCGGUGAAAAUCCCUAAAGAUCGUCUGAGACUGUUUCAGUAUGUAAUCAUUAUCAGAACCUUGUGAAAUGUGUUCCUAUCUUUUAUUUUAAUAUGAAAGCCUUCCUUUGUGCUCGACGCCGUCUUGGAGGUCAGACAUCCAUCUGUGUGUAACUAUUUAUUCUAGUUUUAGUUAAACGUGUCAGGUUUGUGUUUUUUUUUGUUUUGUUUUGUUUUUGUUGUUUUUUCUAUGUGCAUUGUUUUAGCUUUAAAUGGGGAAACUUUUUGUCUGAGACACUUCUGUUAGUUUUCUACAUUUUAUAAGUGUCCAUUAUGUCAACAGUGGAAAAAAUAAAAACAAAAUAGCUUGUGA